CCAGUGGACCAACUAGGCCGAACUUUCCAGCUUCUAGGGCUACCUUCUUCCCUUCAUCUCCACUCCCGCACACACGCCGGCCACCACUAGGGUUUUGCCGAUCCGCCUCACCCCACGCCGGCCACCACCAGAUCGCCUCCGCCCUACGCUCUCACCGCUGCCGACGAUGGUGGGAUACGGGAUUCAGUCGAUGCUCAAGGAUGGGCACAAGCAUCUCUCGGGCCUCGACGAGGCCGUCCUGAAGAACAUCGGCGCCGGCCGCGAGCUCUCCGCCAUCACCCGAACCUCCCUUGGCCCGAACGGGAUGAAUAAGAUGGUCAUUAAUCAUCUAGACAAGCUCUUUAUCACGAAUGAUGCUGCAACAAUCGUGAACGAGCUUGAGGUCCAGCACCCUGCUGCUAAGCUCCUGGUGCUCGCUGCCAGAGCGCAACAGGAGGAGAUCGGAGAUGGAGCUAACCUCACCAUAUCUUUCGCCGGUGAACUGCUCGAGAAGGCUGAGGAGCUCAUCAGGAUGGGACUGCAUCCAAGCGAGAUCAUCAUUGGGUACACCAAGGCCAUUAAUAAGACGCUUGAGAUUUUGGAUGAUCUAGUUGAGAAAGGCUCGGAAAAUAUGGAUGUCAGGAACAGGGAGGAGGUCGUGUUGAGGAUGAAAUCUGCUGUUGCAAGCAAGCAAUUUGGCCAGGAGGAUGUGCUGUGUCCACUUGUCGCUGAUGCCUGUAUCCAAGUUUGCCCCCAAAAUCCGGGAAACUUUAAUGUUGACAAUGUUAGAGUGGCAAAGCUGGUUGGAGGCGGCCUUCACAAUUCUUCUGUAGUCCGUGGGAUGGUUCUGAAAAAUGACGCUGUUGGGAGCAUAAAGAAAGUGGAGAAAGUGAAGGUUGCGGUAUUUGCUGGCGGUGUUGACACUUCUGCAACUGAAACGAAGGGAACUGUACUUAUACAUUCUGCUGAGCAGCUUGAAAACUAUGCUAAAACUGAGGAAGCAAAGGUGGAGGAGCUUAUUAAAUCUGUGGCUGAUUCAGGUGCCAAGGUUAUUGUCAGUGGAGCAGCAGUUGGCGAUAUGGCAUUGCAUUUUUGUGAACGUUACAAGCUAAUGGUUCUGAAAGUCAGCUCAAAGUUUGAGCUUCGAAGAUUUUGCCGUACUACCGGGGCUAUAGCACUUUUGAAGCUUAGCCGACCAAAUGUGGACGAAUUAGGAUAUGCAGACUAUGUUUCGGUGGAAGAAAUUGGCGGUGCUCGAGUGACUGUUGUCAAAAAUGAAGAAGGUGGAAAUUCAGUGGCUACUGUUGUCUUGAGAGGCAGUACAGAUAGUAUAUUAGAUGAUCUUGAAAGAGCUGUCGAUGAUGGUGUAAACACGUACAAGUCAAUGUGCAGGGACAGUCGGAUUAUCCCUGGAGCUGCUGCAACAGAAAUAGAACUGGCAAAGAGAUUGAAGGAGUUUUCUCUGAAGGAAACAGGGUUGGAUCAAUAUGCUAUUGCAAAAUUUGGUGAAAGUUUUGAAAUGGUUCCAAGAACACUGUCUGAAAAUGCCGGACUUGGUGCAAUGGAGAUAAUAUCUUCCCUCUAUGCUGAGCAUGCUGCUGGCAAUGUGAAAGUUGGCAUUGACUUGGAGAAAGGUGCUUGCGAGGAUGCCUCAAUCAUGAAAAUAUGGGACCUCUAUGUUACAAAGUCCUUCGCUCUAAAAUACUCAGCAGAUGCUGUAUGUACUGUUUUACGGGUUGACCAGAUCAUUAUGGCAAAGCCAGCAGGAGGGCCGCGACCCCCCCAACAAGGUGGCAUGGAUGAAGACUAGUUUUCUGUGCACUCUUGUUUCCUGUGUAUCAUGCCGUGGGAUUUUCGUGCAGAAGACGGUCUCUGUUUCAUCUUAUCUAGGUUCGAUUCAAGUAAUAGAUUUUGGCUGCUUGGGUUUCACGGUUGGUGGGGCAGCAUGCUUUAGCUGAUGUCUUGCGGUGUAUUUGUUAGUUCCUCUGUGGUACUGUCUUACCGGUGUAUCACAUGAUAACUAGAGAGACUUGUUCGUCCAGUUUAUCAUAUGAGCCAAAGCUUGUCUUGAAAGAUUUUGUUUGUAAAAUUCUAAGAUAGCUGUUUGUUUGA